GUGUGUUCGGCGUGUAUUACUUAUUUGCAUCCCUGCGCAAAGUCCUCAAUGCUUUUUUGCUGAUAUAAUCUUGCCCAGCUGUUGCGUUGAUUGUUAUUGUUGUAUUUGACGAAGAAAGGACGCAUUAUUGCAUUUGUUAGACGGUGGGGUGAUGCUACACUGACUUAUUUGGGCUUUUCAAGAAAUAUAGACCUACCAUGUCGAAGGGAUGCAAAUCUUUGACUUUGGAGGGCAGUACCCUAAAACUUGUACUCCUGUGUGCAUUGUGUCUAGCCAUCACAUUUACAGCUGAACGACCACUCACAACUUUAAGAGCUCUCUCGACACCAAGCACAAGGAUACAAUUCGGUUGGAAGAAAAACCUAACCUACAAGCAUCCCGAACCAAGAUCAUUUGAGGAAGCAACUGAUUACGCUAACAUGAUGGUAGAACAGAAACGACGUCGAGAACUUAUCAACAAAGCAUGCACAGCAGCUAAUAUAUCACGUCAAAUCGAUAUAGAUCAUGGCGGUGUGUUCAAGAAUGUUGGACAUCUCUUAGUAGAUGACAAGUAUAAGAUCCUUUUUGGUUUCAUUCCAAAGGUUGGAUGUACCACAUGGAAAGGCGUCAUUAAUAGGCUUCGAUCCACACAUAAAGACCAUUUAGCAGAAGUAGGGACUCUCAAAAAAUUCAAAAACAAUCAUACUGAAAUCUACUAUCGUAUUCAAAAUUACAGAAAGGUUUUAUUUGUUCGAGAACCUAUUACUCGUAUGUUAUCUGGCUACCUCAGUAAGUUAAAGAAUUUUAAGAAUCUCCAGAGGGUUUGGGAACGGUACAUAGGAGCAAAUAUCGUGAGAAGGUACCGAGGAUAUGACCAUGCGGAAAGAUAUAGAGAUGAAACCAAUAAACCGUUUAUGAAUAUCACUCUAUCAGAGUAUAUUCAAUUUAUUACAGAUAUCGGUAGCAAAAUCGUUAUGAACGAACUCAACGAUCAUUGGCUUCCUCUUCAUGUUGUGUCAAACCCAUGUCAAAUUUCUUAUGAUUUUAUUGGUCACUAUGAGAAUUUAGCGAUUGAAGGCCCUUUUGUUCUGAAAUGGCUUGGUGUAGAUCACUUGGCACCAUUCCCUCAAGUUCAUGAGUCCCAUGCCUCUAAUGAAAUUAUUAAAGAAUAUUCACAAGUGUCUCUAAGUUUACUUAAGGUAAUAUCUGACUAUUAUGCAUUUGAUUACGAAGCAUUUGGAUAUCAUGUUAACGACACACUGUCAAUUUUGAUGAAAGGUAUAUUCGAUGAGGAAGAAGAUGUCUUAUAAAUUAAUUGUAUGGUGUGCUCAAUAGUUUAGGAUUUAAACUUUGGAUCUCUUGUUCAUUCUAAAAAUCAAAGACAAAAUCUGAAUGGAAAAACCAGGGAUGUAUAUACUAAAACACUUAAAGUCCAUGGACUCUCAAAAGUAAGGGGUGCGUAAUACCUAAUCAAAAUAGUAUCAAACAAUAUUAUUUGUACACCUUCAAACUUAACACUCUGAUACAAAUUAGAUUUUCUAAAAAAAUACUGAAAAUUAGUCCCCCAAAAGUGACUGCAGUAAAAGAUAUACUUGUGCCCUUUGACCCUAAUUUUUUUGUAUUACUUUGUUCAUUUUUCACCCUCAAAUAUCAUUUGUACACUUUCCAUUUUAAUUCAUGUUUUCACUGUUUACAGAUCUUAAAUAGUCAUAUAAGGAUGGUUUAUCAUACAAAGAGGAGUGAUCUGCAUUCUGUUUAACAGUAGAAACACCUCCUUAAGUUCUUGGCAUAAUGAAAGAUAAAAACACACCAGUAUUCCACUAUUCAAGGAUAAACCUUAUUUAUACAUAAAAAUGCCUGAAAUAGUAACAUCUUCUGACAUCAUUGUGAAGAGCUUGGUUUCCUUUACCAAAGUCUGUUCAUACACUCUCAAUGACAUUUAUUUUUUUUGCCAUUCACUACACCCAUUGGAAGGGUCAAUUGCAGUUUUUCAACAAGGCGUAGACUUGAGGGAAAGGGUUGUGAAGUUCCACAAAGAUGGAGUUUCAGUACGGAAGAUUGAUACAAGGCUUGACAUGAAGCACACAACAGUGCAGUA